AUGGCGUACCUGGUUGAGUUUGAGGACGGCGUGAAGCCGCUGCAGUGCUGGCGACUCUCUGCGGAGAAGGCCUAUGUGAUUGGGCGCAAUACGAGCGCCGUGGGCAUCCGUUUGCCGCACGCGUCGAUCUCCCGGCAGCACGCGGAGCUCUCUCUGGCACUCCCGCGGAGGCGCGACGACGAGAAGGAGCGGAAGCGGCGCAAAACUGACAGAGAGGACGCGCGCGGGCGCCCAGGCGUGCGCAGUCCGCUCUCCGAUGAGGGCGGCAGGCGGGACAGACGCUCAUCUUCGUCCUCCCGCUCGCCUUCCUCAGGCCAGCACAGACACCGCGAGGAUGAGAUGUCUCUGGUCUGGAAGCUCGUCGAGCUCAACGCGGUCAACGGAACCUUCGUGAACGACGAGAGACUCCGCGACGUCUACCGCGACGCCGUCGACUCCGACGCGGUCAUUGCCUUCGCCGACUGCCCGCACAAGUACAAAGUCCUCGCCGAGCGGCCGUCGCGCUCUCUGCCCUGCACAGACGCCAGAAGUCGCUCCGCGAGCCCUCCGCCGUCUUCCUGCUCUUCUUCAUCUUCUUCUUCAUCUUCCUCUUCUUCAUCUUGCUCUUCUUCAUCUUCCUCUUCAUCUUCUUCUUCUCUGUCUUCAACAUCGUAUCUCGUGGAGCGCCGUCUGGAGCGCAGUCGGUCGCGCAGCCGAGGCCGCCAUGAGAAGCGAGAGAGUCAUCGCCGCAAAAGUCGUUGGUCGCGGCGCCACGAAGAGAAGAAGAAGAGCCGCUCCUCCGCCUCGCCGUCGCGCCGCCGGUCAGACUCUUUGUCCCGGAGCGUUUCGCGCUCUUCUUCCUCCUCUUCCUCUUCUUCGUCCUCUUCGCACGUUAAGAAGGCGAGCGGCUGGAGCGACGCGCCGGCGCGUGCGGAGGAUGACAAGCAGCGCGAAGAGGACGACGCGAAGAUGAAUGCAUUGAUUGCGACGGCGCACGCGGCGAAGGCGCGGCUGGAUGCGGAGAAGAAGAUGCAGAAUUUGGUGGAUCUCUCGGCCUUCGGCUCCGCGGCGACGGCGGGCGGCCCGAUCUCGGGGCUGGCGCUCGCGGCGGCGAAGGAGAUGAUGAACAACGCGAGUCUGAACCUGACAAUCAGCACAGGCUUGUCUGCCGUCUCGCCUGCAGGCUCCGCGCAGGCGUCGCUGGCGCAGCGCGCCGCCGCGAUCGCUGCCGAGCGCCUCCGUGGAGGGUCGGCGCCCACUGGAUUCUCCUCUGCGUCGCCGUUGAACGCCGCGAUUCUCGGCGGCAACGCCAUCCUCGCCAGCAUCCUGAACGCGAACAAACUGAACAACUCGCCCUCCCCCGCGACCUCCUCUUCGGGCCUCUCAGUUCAGGAGAAGCGCAAGCUCCUUUGGGGCGGAAAGAAACAUGCAAGCGAGAAGAAAGACGCAGCGGCCGUCGCCGAAGGAGACGUGGGGGAGCGGAAAGAGGAGAAGGACGGCAGCGUGGACCCUAACCGCUACUCCAUGUCCUUCAGCGAAGACGAAGAAAAGAAGAACAAAUUCCUCAAACUCAUGGGAUUCAAAGGCGACGCAAGCUCGAUCGCACCCAACCCGGUGCAGGGGGCAGCUGGCGCGGCAAUCAAGGGCAAGGAGACACUCGACGCAGCGACGCAGCAGCGGAUCAACUCGGAGCUGGAGUUCCAGUACUUCCAAGGCAUGAAGCGCAAGGACGGCAGAAAAACCGGACUCGGACUGUAA